GCACGUACAAAAAGCUGUUUCUCCUCGAGACUAAGUCAGUGUCGCGAGGCGCGCGCCAGCGCGUGUGGAACGGUCAUCGACUUCAAUCAGGAGGAGACGCAGCUUUUUGUCCCCUGACUGUUACAUGGCAGGGGCCUCAACUCGUCCUCAAUUCCCGUUCCCAUUCCACCCCCGAACAUAAUCAACAAUGUCAUCAAACAUCUUCACCCCCAGCAACCAGAUCCGGUUAACGAAUGUAUCCGUCGUCCGCCUGAAGAAGGGGGGGAAGCGGUUCGAGAUUGCGUGUUAUAAGAAUAAAGUCACUGAGUGGCGGAAUAACGUGGAAACGGAUCUGGACAAUGUACUGCAGACCCGGUCGGUGUUUGUGAACGUGUCUAAGGGGCAGACGGCCAAGCAGGAGGAUUUGCAGGCGGCGUUCAAGACGGGGGAUUUGGAUAAGAUCAUCCUGGAGAUCCUCCGCAAAGGCGAACAACAAGUCUCUGAAAAAGAGCGCACGCAAUCCCUCACCAACCUCUCCCGCGACAUCGCCACCACCGUCGCCGACAAAUGCAUCAACCCGUCCACCAACCGCCCUUACACGGUGACCAUGAUCGAGAAGGCCAUGACCGAGAUGCAUUUCAGCGUCAAUCCCAAUCGGAGCGCAAAGCAGCAGGCGUUGGAGGUUAUAAAACAGCUGCAGGAGAAGAAGGUCAUCCCGAUCGCUAGGGCGCAGAUGCGGGUUAGGGUUGUCGUGGGUGGGAAGGAGGGGAAGAGGGUGAGGGAAAAGGUGGUCGGGUUUGUGAAGGUGGAGGAUGAGGAUUGGGGGGAGGAUUAUGAGAUGGUCUGUCUAAUCGAUCCAGGCCAUUUUCGUACCAUCACCGACGCCGUGGCGGGCGAGACUAAGGGACGCGGGCAGGUCGAGGUUCUGAAUAUCAAGGACACGGAGGAUCGGGAUGAGGCAUUUUGAGUCAUAUAUUGCAUGCUCUCUCUGCUCUCCUACGCAUUUUGGUUCUAUUAUAUACAUAUUUCGGGCAUUAGGGGACAUGGCGGAUGGCGAAGUGCAAGAAAUGCCCGGUUUCGUUUUGCGAAUCUUGCCAUCGGAAGGGGAAUACAUCGCACUAUUGCGUGGAAGAUGUGGAGAUGGA